AUGGCUCUUCUUCACAAGCUCGCACCUUUUUCCUCUCUCAACUCACCCUUCACCAGAAACCCCCAUUGUUCUGCGCCCCGCCGCCACCUCGUUUGCUUCUCCGCCUCACCCUUCACGGAGAAGCACUCCCUAGAGAGGUACCAGAGGGACCAAUGGGUGUACGAGGGUAGCCAAACGAUGUCGUUUCCUCCCCCCUGUGACUCCGGAUCCGUGAGGGAGGACGACAUAGCCCUGCAGCUUCCGGAGCUGAAGAAGCUGCUGGUGGUGCUGAGGGAGAAGAGGGAGAGUGAGGGAAAGUGCAGUGGAGAGGAGUGUUUGCCAGGGAAUGUGUUCUUGGUGGGAACAGGGCCUGGGGACCCUGAGCUUCUCACUCUCAAGGCUGUGAGAGUGAUUAAGAGUGCUGAUUUGUUGCUGUAUGACAGGUUGGUGUCCAAUGAUGUGUUGGAUUUGGUUGCCCCUCAGGCUAAGCUUCUCUAUGUGGGAAAAACUGCUGGAUACCAUAGUAGAACACAGGAAGAAAUACAUGAGCUUCUUUUGAGUUUUGCAGAAGCUGGGGCGACUGUUGUGAGACUCAAAGGGGGUGAUCCAUUGGUAUUUGGGAGGGGUGGGGAGGAAAUGGACUUUUUGCAACAGCAAGGUAUCCAAGUGAAAGUUAUUCCAGGUAUAACUGCUGCAUCUGGAAUAGCAGCGGAGUUGGGAAUACCAUUGACUCACCGAGGCAUUGCAAAUAGUGUGAGAUUUCUCACAGGGCAUUCAAGGAAAGGAGGAUCUGAUCCUCUCUUUGUAUCUGAAAAUGCUGCUGAUUGUGAUUCUACCUUGGUGGUUUAUAUGGGCUUGUCGACCUUCCCUUCACUUGCACAGAAGUUAAUGCUUCAUGGUCUGUCCCCUCAGACCCCAGCUGCAGCCAUUGAGCGAGGGACCACACUUCAGCAGCGCACAGUGUUUGCUGAACUAAAGGACCUUUCUGAGAAAAUAACUUCUGCUCAGCUGGUGUCACCAACACUAAUUAUAAUAGGAAAAGUUGUUGAACUAUCCCCAUUUUGGCCAAUUUCUACAAAAGAAGAAUCAUGUUUAAUGCAGGCAUGA